AUGCUAGCUAAACCCUUGGCUUCUAAUCCUACUAAGUCUAGCAUGUACUUUGACACCCCUCCCCUCCCCCUUCGACGGCCGCGCCCCCCCCCCCCCCCCCCCCCCUCCCCCCCUCCCCCUUCGGCGGCCGCGCGCCCCCCCUCCCCCUUCGGCGGCCGCGGCCCGCACCCCCCUCCCCCUUCGGCGGCCGCGGCCCGCACCCCCCCCCCCCCCCCCCCCCUUCCCCCUUCGGCGGUCGCGGCCUGCACCCCCCCCCCCCCCCCCCCUUCCUCCCCCUUCGGCGGCCGCGGCCCGCACCCCCCCCCCCCCCUCCCCUCCCCCUUCGGCGGCCGCGGUCUGCACCCCCCCCUCCCCCCCCCCCCCCCCCUUCGGCGGCCGCAGCCUGCACCCCCCACCCCCUCCCCCUUCGGCGGCCGCGGCCCGCACCCUACCCCUUCGACGGCCGCGGCCCGCACCCACCCGCCCCCCCCCCCUCCCCUCCCCCUUCGGCGGCCGCGGCCCGCACCCCCCACCCCCUCCCCCUUCGGUGCUUCCGCGUCUCCACUGACCUCGUCGCUUCCUGGGUUGACCGUCGGUGAGCGCGUCGAGCCCCUCCGCACAUGGCACACCGCCCGACCCAACGCCCUCUCCACCCUCCCCCUCCUCGUGAAUUCGCUCCACCCUCGUAUACGUGCCCCCCCAACCACCCCUUUCUGCUGGCGCCUCUCUUUCCGCUUGUUGCGCCAGUUCCCCCAGGACGGGAGCCUCCUCCAGCACUCCACUGCUGCCGUCCGUGCUGCUCCCGUCGGCUCCCACCACCUCCGCCGUCGCACCAUCGCGUCUAUCCCCGCCACGCUUCCAAUCCCUCGUCGCAACACCAAUUGUUGCCUGCUGCAUGACUGCUACGCGACCAAGUCGUGGAUUCAUGGCCUGCGUCAAACGCGCUUCCGCAGACCCAUUGAGAUCCUCGGCCCUACCUCUGUCUUUGUGGCCUCCCCCGUCUCUGCUGCCUCUCACCCUGCCACCCAUCCCGCCUCCCCUGCCCAUCCCCCUUUCUCCCCUGGCUCCGUCUCCCGUCGCACCCCCCCGUCUCUGCUGCCUCUCACCCUGCCACCCAUCCCGCCUCCCCUGCCCAUCCCCGUUUCUCCCCUGGCUCCGUCUCUCGUCGCACCACCCACCUCACCCGUGGCUACUGCGGAACGAAGACACAUGGCCCACGUCAAACGCGCUUCCGUCCACCUCGAGAUCCUCGGCUGCAUCGCUGGCUUUGUGGCCUCCCCUGUCUCUGCUGUCUCUCCCCCCGGCCCUCCCCCUGCCUGCCUGUCCGCCCCCCCUCCCCCCCCCUUUCCUCCCCUGGCUCCGCGCCCUCCCCCGUCUCCCUUGCCCCCCCUGUCUCCACGUAUACCUGCCUGCUGCAAUGCUGCUGCUCCUAAACCAGCAGCUCGAUUCGUGGCCCGCGUCGAAAGCGCUUCCGCCGACCCAUUGGAAUCCUCGGCCCAUUCUCCAAUUUUGCUGCCUCCCCCGUCUCCGAUGUCCCCCCCCCCCUCUGCCCUCCAUCCCGUCCACCCUGCUCAACGCCCCGUCUACUACUACUCCCUCCGCCUCCUCUCGAUCCACGCCAUGACCAUCAUCUACGCCGCGCAUCUCCUGCACACCGCUCCGCUCCCCCCUUACACCCCUCCCUCUCCCUCCCCCUCUCCCUCCCCCUCUCCCUUUGCCUCCCUCUCUCCCUCCCCCUCUCCCUCUACCGUGUCCCCCAUCCAUGUUAUUCAUGACUUCUUCCCCGUCCGUAGUAGUGUCGCUUGGCGCGCAUUCCGUGACAUCACCGACACGAGCCGACACUCCUUCAAGCUCGCUGGGUUCGGUCGAACGCGUUGCAUUGGCUUUCAAGUGAGGGGCAGCGGCAACGGUCUCCCUCCCACGAUUUCUCCCGCCGCUCGCUGUAUGCGUCUCGCUCCGCAAUCCAGUCGAGGCAGCUUGCCCGCUCACUGUGGGCGCCAUUUACAGCUUCUGACCUGCGAAAACACGAGGACAUGGACGAGAUGGGAGAGGGGACGGUACACGAUUGAUCGCACGCCUCUGCUCAUCCACAUUCGACGGUAUUACCAUCCUCGCAGCUUUCACGAAGAGGCAUCGCAUCAUGGCCACAUCUCCGCCCAUGCCCUUUUACCACUUAUCGGAAACUACGGCGCGUCUCUUUGUGCAAGGGCUGCGUUGUUUGCGAUAGUGACGCAUGAGCCCGCUGGACUCGUCUACGGGGCAUGGCAGGGCAGCUGGAUGGCGUUUGUGGCGACGGGAUCAGUCGCGCCCGACAAAAAUAUGGCUGCGCGCAUCCGUCGAGGCGGCGAGGGCGACGUUGGACGCCAGCAACUUCGGAGAUGGCGUGCGUGCCUCGACGGUCGCGGAGAUCAAGAGGCGUCUCACCUACAGAGGCGAGAGCUGCUGCGGCACAUGGAAGGCAAUGUCGCGUUCAUGCGGCCACUGGCCGUGACUGGUUUGUUGGUGGCGACCCGACGAUCCUAUCUCGCGUCGGUCGCACGCCUGGUGGACGAAUGCGACAGCCAGGAGGCUUCGUCCUCCUGGGACAAAGAACACGAGAGGCCGGCGCUGAGCGCCAGUGGGCGCGCGGACGGAACGUCUGCGGCUGCGCCGCUGACGAGAGGCGGCGUGGGAGGAGCAGCGGUCGACGGCUCGUUCUUUCCCGUGUGA